AUGGAAGGCAAUCUUUUGGAAAAGUCCUGCUUCUUCCCUGGCCGCCGCAUCCGUGUGCCCGCCGUGCUUCGCCGCUUCCCGAGGCAGCCGGACGCCGUGACAGCCCCCUGCUCCCGUGCUUCCCGACGGAGCCUGCACCCUGCCCCGACCGCGACAACCUGCGCUGCUCCGCGACAUCGCCCGCAGCCACGGCAGCCCGUUCUGCGCCGAUGUUGGACACACCGCCUGCUGCUCCGUGGAAAUCGCUCCGAGCCGCGGCACGCAGAGCCCUCAGCUCCAGCACCCGCCGAGCUGACGCCGCCGGAGCGCCCCGGGAACGGCGGGCAUCUAGAUGAUGAUGGGCUGCCGCAUGGAUUCUGUACAGUAACCUAUUCAUCAACAGACAGAUUUGAAGGAACUUUUGUGCAUGGAGAAAAGAAUGGCCGUGGCAAAUUCUUCUUUUUUGAUGGAAGCACCCUGGAGGGGUACUACGUUGAUGAUGCCCUGCAGGGCCAGGGAAUCUACACCUAUGAGGAUGGAGUGGUCCUUCAUGGCACCUACGUGGAUGGAGAGCUGAAUGGCCCGGCCCAAGAGUACGACAGUGACGGGCGGCUGAUAUUCAAAGGGCAGUAUAAAGACAACAUCCGACAUGGAAUUUGUUGGAUUUAUUACCCGGAUGGAGGCAGCCUUGUGGGAGAAGUGAAUGAAGAUGGGGAGAUGACUGGAGAGAAAAUAGCCUAUGUGUAUCCUGAUGGAAAGACUGCAUAUUCUGGAAGGUUCAUAGAUGGAGAAAUGAUAGAAGCAAAACUGACAACGCUGACAGCUGUUGAGGAUGGGAAACCUCAGUUUGAAGUAGUUCCAGGCAGCCCAGUAUACAGUUUUGACAAAUCUACUUCAUCCUGCAUUUCUACAAAUGCCCUUCUUCCUGAUCCUUAUGAAUCAGAGAGGGUGUAUGUGGAUGUCUCUCUCAUUUCCAGUGCUGGAGAAGGAUUGUUUUCAAAAAUAGCAGCAGAAGCCAGUACAGUGAUGUCCUUCUAUAACGGAGUGCGAAUCACACACCAGGAGGUAGACAGCAGAGACUGGGCCCUCAAUGGAAAUACAAUAUCCCUGGAUGAUGAAACAGUCAUUGAUGUGCCAGAGCCCUACAACCACGCUGCCAAGUACUGUGCCUCACUGGGGCACAAGGCCAACCAUUCCUUCACUCCUAACUGCACCUAUGAGCCGUUUGUUCAUCCUCGUUUUGGGCCCAUCAAGUGUAUCCGUACCAUCAGGGCUGUGGAGAAGGAUGAGGAGUUGACAGUGGCUUAUGGGUACGAUCACAAUCCUGUGGGGCAGAAUGGGCCUGAAGCCCCAGAGUGGUACCAGCUGGAACUGAAAGCUUUCCAGGCUGCCCAGCAAAAGUGACAUGGGAGCACCUUCUCCGUUCAGCAAACUGAAACAGAAACUUGGAUCUAUGCACUACCUUUAUACUGAAAACUGGACAACCAGGGAUUGUUCAUGCUGUUGCGUCAUAAUCUUGCAUUCUGUGUUAAGAGAUAAGUUCCUUGGAUACUAACUAGGUUUGACUGUGUUACUCAUAGCAGAUUUAAAAAUUAGCUAGCAUUGCACCAGUCUUAUCUGAAGAAAUUAUUUAAUAUUCUAUACAAGAUGUGGUAUUCUUUGGUAGCUUCUGCUUUUGCACCAUAUGCAAAGAUGACCAAAAGACUAGAAAGAACCUAAAUUGGGUGUAUUGUUCACUUUUAGUCAGCAGACUUAGUGUUGCUCUCUACCUGCCUAGGCAUUAUUGCGCAACUGCAUUUUGCAUAUAUGCCACUUGUGAUGAUAACAGUAAUAUUUUGAUAUUCUCUAAUAGUAGCAUAAUUUUGCCUUUUUAAACCUUUGAUCUGAAUCUUGCAAUGGAGCAGUUUAUUUAUUAGCAUAUAGGAGGCUGGGUUUUAAUUCCCCUUUCCUCUUGUCUGAACGUUGUUCUUUCUACAAAUCCUCUUUUGCAGGAUAAAAUCCUUUCUAAUUAGUGGAAGGGCUUGUGUGUGUGUGUGAGAGUGCUGUGUGUUGGUUUCUGUGGCUCUCUAAAUAGUAUAGCAACAUGUCUAAACCUAAUAUUUAUCUAGCCUGCACGGCUGGCUUAUUUUAUUUAAUUUAUUAUUAUGACAUGCAAAUGAAGCUGUUCUUUGCAUGAAGAUUUUGUGAAAAGGAGAAAACGGACUUGCUAUUGAAAGACUUCCAGAAGUAAAUGUUCUGGAAGGCAAGCGUAUUACUUGCAUCCAUGUUCAUGAGUUGGUUUGUGUAUUUCACCUGUUCCAGUGGCCAGUUCUCAAGGCAAAAGAUGCUUGGAUCUCCCAUGGAUUCUCUGAAAGCAGGUGCAUGUAUUUGGGGGCAGGCUGUAGUCCUUGGUGAGGGAGAGCUGUAUCUUUUCACUUGAUGUUCACUUGAUGGAACAACAUAGCCUUAUAGCCAUCUUUUAGUAGUUCUGGUUUAUGACACAGUGAAUUAAUAUAAUAUGAGGUAUCAAAAGAAGAUUUUUUUAAAUAAAAGAUAUUAAAAGAUUGUUUUUGAAAGAAAAACAAUGAAUGUAAAAAUAUCACUCGAUGCUCAUAUUUAUAAACAGCAGUCAAUCCAUAGCUUUUUUGCAGCCAGCAGUGGGGGCUUGUGAAUAUUCAUCUGCAGGGCUGUAUUCUGGGGUUUUCAAGAGUAGGGAAGUUGUGUGGUUUUUCAGAUACUGUACCGGUCUUGCCUAAUGCUAUAUAAGAGAGAAAUCAUGCAUUGUCUUGGUCUGGAUACUGGAGCCUUUCUGGGACUCUGAUGUUCUCUUUUGGGUUUAGCAGUUUAGGAAAAACUCAGAUGCAUUUGCAACACUUUCUUUAAAUGUUUGUAGUUUUAAAAAGUUUGUAUAUAUGUAACAUAAAUGAUCUGGGAAUCAGAUCUACCUUUCUAUUGCGACACAUUUUGGUUGCUUGCUUGAAUUGUUGGAGGCAUGUGGCUGUCUGGGGAGCUGGGCAGGGAGAAUGUGCUGGGUACCUGCAGGUAGAAGGAUGAGACUGCUGUUACAUGCAGUCUGAGAAUCCUUGCUUUGGUACCUGAGGAAAGUUAGGAAUUACUCCUAACAGUCCGGGCUCUGUUUAGUCCCUGUGGCUGCUCACAAACAUUUUCCAUCUCCUCAUCAUUUCAGUUUGCACAGAAGUUGCUGUGUAUGUGUGCUGAGGUGGGGGACAGGCAGGCUCAGGGUAACACUUUCAGCAGUGAUCUGCACAUGAGCUGUGACACCUCCCAGCUGCACAUGCUGGACACUCAGGUCACAGCUCUGCACCUCAUCCACGGCAGAGGUGACAGGCCAGGGACUCACCUGAGUGUGCAGAGACACAACCAACCUCACACGUGAUGGAGAGUUGGCAUAGGUCAGUCAGCUGCUCAGCUUCACUAAAUGAUUCUCAAAAAGAAAUAUGCAUGACUUAUCUGUCCCUGCCUGCCCAUGGGUCAUUACUUCAGGUUAUCAGCUACUUGCAGGAAAGCCUCUGGUAGGGAGCUCUUACUUGUAUAUUGGGAAUUAUUGUGCCAGGAUCAUGAAGUUUGCAAAGCUGAGGCUUGAAUUUAGGUACAGGAAAGAACAGAGGGAAGACGUGAUUGAACCCUGCUGGGAAUGGAUAGUAACUCCUUCCACAUUCUUGGUAACCUGCUUUGGACUGCUGGCCUCUCUGUGCUCACUGAGGAAUUGUGUUUAAAAUGUUUUGAUCUCUAGAGCUCCCUUGCCUUCAUUUCUGAUCAGUCUCUGAUUCCUCUGCUAAUUUCCUGUGUGGAGUUGCUUAUGUUUUAAUAGAUUUGUCAGUCUUCAUAUUACCUGAUUUUGAGAUAAAUAGAAUAUAGGUGCUCUUUGUGCAUCAGGCUUGAAGAUUGUAUCCUAAAAUAGGGAAAUUCUAGGGAAAAAAAGGCACUCUGGUGUCCUGUGUCUUCUCAAAAAAAUUGGUGAGAGUCAAGCAGAUUCUUUUGUACACAUGUGUAGCCUGGUAGGUAGCAUGCCGCAGCUGUGGCUCCUGUCUCUGUUAUCUCUGCUGUCCUCAGCUCUGUAAAAUCUGUUGGUCCUUCUCUAGUUCCCUUCUUCAGCGACCAACCUUCUGUAAAAGUUGUGAUUACGGAGCUGCUUUGGCUUGACUCAGGACCAAGCCUUUUAACUCUUCUUUGUUUUCUCUCUCUUCCUGGUCUGUUAGAGUGGAGAUGGCUUUUGCCACUGGGUGAUGAAAGAGCUGUGUGGCCUUCAGAGGUGUGAGCUGGCAUCCCCUGGUUAAAACACAGGUUAGUUACAGAACUCCAAAUAAUGCCUUAACUUGGUCAGUGCGUUGCAGCUCAGUUUCUGGGGCUCACUAGAGAGCAAGACCAGCUUCAUAAAGUUCCUCAUUGGUAGUGUGAUGACAUCCAUAGACACAAGACCCACACCCAGCUAUGGUUUUCCUUUGGGGCAGAGGAAGCAUCACCUUGCACAGCAAUCUUCUUGGGUCUGUAGGAUGCAGCUGACUACUGGUGAAUAUGCAAUAAGUAAAGAAGCUCCACUUCUUAGAGUCUGGCCAAAGACCUUUCCUGUCAGUACAGAAGCUGGGAGGAGAGCUGAUGCCUGUCAGCUGAGCCUGAGUGAGUGGCUAGCUCUCAGGAUAUGCAUUGUGACUAAAGAAUAGCAUAAGAAAACCUGGAAUUGCUGCAUUUUUCAGGUACAGAUCAGUUCCCAAAAUCUGCCUUUGGUCUGGCAGUACUGCACGUGGCUUCUCCAUGAUGAGAAGGUUACUUGAGCUUCUUUAUGAGAAUCCUGUAUUAUGCUGUAUUAGAGGCUGCUGAUGAUCUCUUUAAAAAAAAAAAAAAAGAAAUCUGAAGUGGAUCUUCCUGUGAUGGCAGCACAGGGUUUUGUCACCAGGAAUACAGAGGCUUUGUUUUCUGGAAGUGGCUACUCUUGGAGAUGAGAGCCAGAAAAGUUGCAGCUGAGAGCUGCCUGCUCCUGGGGUCACUCCACUGGAUAAGAAGGAAGGAAAAGGGCUUAGGCCAUGUACAGGGUGUCUGAAGUUGAGUCUUGUACUAUAAUUUUACUUUUGGGGAUCCUGAUUUUCUUUUCCGGCAAAGGCUUUUUAUUCCCUUAUUUAAAAAAAUUAUAAAAUACUUACCCUACAUAAAUACCUGUAAAUUUUGACUGCUGAAAAAGUCAAAGGAGAUACAUGGAAAUGGCUUUUCAGCUGUGAGAGUAUUUUGACUUUUUCUGCAGUUGCCAUGAUACCUCCUAGUAUCUCCUGGGAUGGUCCAUGCUUUUAAUAAGGUGAAGCUCCCGGGGAGGUUCUGGGAGGCCCUGGGGUGAGGCUGCAUGUUUUGGGAGUGACUAGGCAAGCUUCUCCUUGGCACAGCCUUUCCAGAUGCAGAAGUGUUGCACACAGGUGGCAGGGGUCCUGUAGCAUGUUGCUAGAAGCAGCAUGCUACAAGAAGCAAGAGCUCUGUCAGGGAUUUCUCACCCUCUGUCAGACAUUGGAGGAGCAGAGUAGCCAACAUAUCCCAUCUGCUAAGAGAAAUUCAGAAGUUAUGGAAAUUGGCACUUUUUUGUUUCCUUCCCAGCUGUUGCUCUUGUCCUCAGUCAAACCAGUGCUCACCACUUGGGCUGUGCCAGUGGGUGGAGCAGUGUUGCUUCUGUCCCAGGUAGACCUCUGUGAUUUGUGUCCUUUCACUCCUUUUGAUGGUCUUUAGGAAAAUGCUGCUGUUGUGAUGAGGUAACAUUACACAGAGCCAAGUAUCUGCUGCUUUGUUCUCCUGUGGCCCAGCAGAAUUGCUGGAGCUGUGGGUGCCUGAGGGCUUCACCUCCAAGCACUUAAAAAAAACAAAUUGCUUUGGAAACAGUGGUACUGAAGUAUCUUCUUACAUGCUGGGGUGCUGCCUGUUCCUCACUUCUGCUGCACUGCUGUGUGCCAGGGGCAUCCAGGCAAGGAAAGCAGGUGUGGGAGCAGCUUCAUCUGCAAGUGGAAAUGAGCUUCACCUGCAGUGAACUUGUUCCUUGUGCUUCAUGUCAUGGAAACAUGAGAACUGUAUUUUUGGACAAAGAAUUUCUAAGCAGUCUUAUAAGGGAUUUUUUUUUAAGGAAAAAGAAAAGGUGCAAGAUUAAGUGCAUGUUUAUUUGUCCCAGAUCAAAGGUUUUGAACACUAAGGUCACUCUGUCUUGAGUGGACCCUCCUCUGUCUGCAGGCAGUAGAACUUCCUGCGCUUUUUCUCUUUACCAUUUUACUGUAACUCUUUUUUUCCCCUAGGAGAAAUACCUGUACAAAAAUUAUAAGCAAUUAAAUAUUCAAGCCAUAAAAUCAUGAUUGUGGGAUGGCCUGCUUCACGAGUUUUAACAUUUCUAUGUAAAAUGAUGUUUGUAUGAAAUAUUUUCAUGGUAGAAAGAAUAUUUAAACAAAAAAGCUGUAGUAAGAUCUAAACCAGAUUUAAAGGGGUGUCUUUUUGUAGGAUGCAAGUGUAAUUGAAUACCAGUAAGUAGAUAAUUUUUUUUUUAGGGGAGAUGCAACAAAUGAUCCUUAAAAUUACAAAUGGUCAUUUCUGCUAUUUGGGGAAGUAUUUAUGCAGCAUUACAUGCAGCUGCCAUAAAUAAUUGCAGUAGCAAGGCUAGUCACAUUUUCAAGACGUACCUCUCAGCUUCCCUUCCUGAUACCUUACAAACGACCCAUCCCUCCUUCCUGUAGAUCCCCUUCUAGAAAACUUUUCCUACUGCAGCUGUAACAAGCUUAACUCUGAGCUAAGAACCAGACUAAAAUUGUGUAUUACUUAACAGUUUCUGCUGGGCCUUCUGCUAUUUUAAUACUCUUUAGCCCAUACUUACUGGGUGUCUCUGUUCUGAAGAACUAAGUGCUAAAGAAUAAUCUUUGGGGUAAGCUUAUACAUGUGGUAACAGUUAACCCCGGAGUAUUCAACUUGUGUACAGUACUUGAUAGGUGUUUUAUGACAUUUGUACUCGAACUAUGAGCCUUACUGAACACCUGUAAGUUUAUUCAUGACUUUUAAAAAAUGGAUAACUCUAAGAAAGAUGUUUACAUGACUGAUGUUUGCCCUUCUUUCAUGUUAUGAAUGGGGUUUUUAUAGUGUGUUUGGGCGUAUGUGCAAGGAAGCAAGAAAAGUGUUUCUGGGGAAAAACAGACUUGACAAACAUUUGUAAUAAGUGAAUUUUAAAGAUUGCUUUAAUUGCGCUAUGAAGGCAAUGCAAAAAUAAAAUAUUCAACAGAAAAA